CAUUUUACUUUCUAAUUAAUAAAACUCGGUUGCUUCUCCCUUCUGUAAAACACCACAUAUUGAUACUUUCCAUUGAAUUGUUGACGAUAAGAUGUUGACAGAGAUAGUGUAUGCUGAGAGAAAAAGCAUCAUAUCGAUUUAGUUGUACAUGAAUUAUACAAAAACAAGCAGAUUGAGUAGUUGAUAUAUUUGAAAUAUAUGCAGGGAAUGUUCUGUCUACCAGUUGACUGACAUGACACUUCAUAAGCAGUGAUGAGCUGUUCUUGAGAUUCAUGUAUCCCCCCCUUUUCUAUCAUUUUUACCUUUCUAAAGUCUAUCUUGAAGUCUUAUCACGAGAUGGAAAAUAUCUUCGUUGAAUACCUCUAUUUGAUCUGGUUAAAUUUGUACCUUCCGGGCUGAGGUUCCAUGGGUGGGAGUUCAACACUGAACAAUAAGUCAGAUUACAAGGCUUUCAAAUUCAGUGAGAAUUCUCAGGAGAUGAAAGCGUUGAAGAGGAAUUCGGAGAGAAAUUCGGAAGUUCAGCGACAGAGCAGUGAUGGGAUUGUUGAGAUGGAGCCUCAAGUUAAUCAAUUCUUGGCUUGGAAGGAUUGGGAUCCAUUGCAGGCAGUGCCGUGUGCUACAAGUCUGAGUAUAAAAGAAGGAGGUAAAGAAAGAAAGAAGAAUCAUACUAAAAAGACAUUGGAGGACUCUGAUAGACCAGAGCUGGUUGCAUUUUUCCAAGAGAACAACUAUCAGUUUGUUACGGCCAUUUUCAUGGAUGGAGAAGUGCCUCCACUGAACAAGUGCCUGGUGGAAAGUUGUGAAAUGGACCACAAUUUGCUUAAUUCUGAACAGUCAAAACUUAGAAUUGAGAAAGACUCAAAUAAGGAUGCCAUCAAUAAAUAUGAAUCUAAGAACUUGAAGACGGAAGAUGAAGAAACUACUGAUGCAAGAGAUGUUGGAUUCCAUGAUUGUUCUGCAGAGAAGAUUGGACCUGAAAGGCAACUGAUUGAAAAGGUAGCAAGUACAGAAGAAGACUUAGCCAACUCUAUGGUACAAUCUGUUAUCGAAGUAAACAUUGAUAACAAUUCUCAUACAACCAAAGCCUCUUCUGAUUCACCUAUAACAACCAAAAGCUGCGAAGAGGAAUUUCAACAACAUGCAUCUUCUCAACAUUUUCUUGAAGCUCAUCACAGGCCUCAAGCUGUCCCUGAACACACACUUCAUUCAGGAAGCAUUUCUUGUCAGUCAAAUAGCAGCAAUGCAAGUUCAAAUUCUUUUGUGUUUCCCAUAUUACCCUCAGAAUGGAAUGGCAGCCCGGUGAGAAUGGCGAAAGCUGACAGAAGACAAUUGAGAAAGCAACGAAGCUGGAAGAUGUGUUUUCUAUGUAGAAAAUUCUGAGCGCAAUAUGUUCCCCUCUUGGUUAUUUACUUGUAUAAUUGAUCCUUUCUUUUA